AUGUCUGGUCCUACCCGGCCACCUCCGAAGACUCCGGGUAGCCCGGAGAGACCCGUCCCCCAGAUGUCCGACUCUGGACCAGCCGUGUACAGACAGCCGCCCAAGAAGGUCUCCUCGGACACCCGGCCCAAGUAUGUGGUCCAUGACCAGAACAGAGGAGGAGGAAUGGCCACUAGGUACUUGGCUACCGGACCCACAGCUGGGCCCAUGCAGCACCACCACCAAGAGGACCCAGGGUUUCACCCUAAAUCUAUUGACCACUACUACCAACCACCUCCCCAAGGGCUCAAAGAAGACCAAUCCUUGAACCCUCACAUGGACCGCUACCAGCUGAUGCACCCUGCAUCUCCUGAGAAGCUGAUUGGACACCACUCCAACAUUGAGGGAGAGAUUGACUCGCUCACCUGCAUGCUGGCUGAUCUGGACAGCUAUUCACUAAACAGCACACAGCUGUACGACAACGUGCCUUACAACAAACCCUCAGCCCAGCCAGGAGCCCCAUCACAGGGAUGGCCUUCUAUCGGUUUCCCCCCUCAGUUCACGGACCAUACUGCACCCCCAAACCCCAGUGAUCCCCACCAGGGUCUCCAGUACUUCCCCCAGCCAGACUACACUGACGCCCAGGUCUCCAAACCUUACCCCCAGCAUGUCCCUGCCUCCUACACUACCGCCUCCACCCCUACUGGCCCGAGGUUCACCGUCCAGGUCAAAACAGCCCAGCCUAUCACCUACUCCCAGACUGGUAGGCAAGCCGAGCAGGGUUACACCCCUCCCCCACACCGCCAGCACAUGUUGCGGAACUCGCCCCAGAAUCUUGCUUCCCAAGCCCAGGCGCAGGACUCCGACAGGAGCUUCAAGGGGAGUGUCGCAGGGUCUGGCGUGAAAGCCUCCCAGAGUCCCACUCCCAAAAGAGGCCCAGAGACUCAUCAAUCAGGGUCAGGCUCGGCACCAAGCUCCGCCUAUCAGCCCAGUAAGCAGGGGACAGCAGCUCUGAGACAAGAGGAGUUGGAUGGGCUCACAAAGAAGUUGGUGUAUGACAUGAAUCAUCCCCCUACAGAGGAAUACCUUGGUAGCUGUGCACGUUGCGGUGACGAUGUCCUUGGCGACGUCAGCGGCUGUAUCGCCAUGGAGCAGGUGUUCCACGUGGAGUGUUUCACUUGCGUCACCUGCCACGCCCCUUUCCGGGGGCAACCGUUCUUCGACCUGGACAAGCAGAGCUACUGCAAGAGCUGUUACAUUAGUGUCCUAGAGCGCUGCUUUAUGUGCUCCAAGCCCAUCCUGGACCGUAUCCUACGGGCCAUGGGCAAUGCCUACCACCCACGCUGCUUCAACUGCGUGGUGUGUGGCUGCUGCCUGGACGGUGUGCCCUUCACCGUGGACGCCACCUCCCAGAUCCACUGCCUAGACGACUUCCACAGGAUGUUUGCCCCUCGCUGCUCAGUGUGUGGCCAGGUCAUCAUCCCCGAGCCGGGCCAGGAGGAGACGGUCACUAUAGUGGCGCUGGGCCGCAACUUCCACGUCAAGUGCUAUGUAUGUGAGGAGUGUGGUCUGCUCCUGUCUGAGGGUGAGGAGCGAGGCUGUUACCCCCUGGACGGUCACAUCCUGUGUAAGGGCUGCAGCGCCCAGCACAUCCAGAAUCCCUCCGCCAACAUCUCCACUGACCGCUAA